GAGCCUGCUAAAAGAAGGCGUUUGGGCGUCGCUCGGCAUGCUGAUGUGGUAAAACGAAAACGAAACCUAACAACACCCGUCGAAGUUGUUUACGAAGUAGCGAUGUUGUUUAGCAUAUUUAGUCCAAAAGCGGGUUGGUGAUGGACAGUAAACAAUAGAUUUCCAAUCUUGCUCUGUUUUUAUUUCAUGUAAUACAAAAUACGCGAGGAGAUCCCAGUGAGGAACUGAAGACUUCACCCCGAGAGGAGGAAAUGUCUGCUGCAAGAAAGGAACUACAGGAGGCUUUGUGCCGCUACAUCACAGAUACCCUCAUCUUCAUCGACUCAGUGAGAGGAUUCUGUGAGAAGAUCUCUAAAUGGAUGCUCAAGAGGGAGACAGAAUUAAACAUGAUGAUGGACAUCAAAAACAGGGUUGACAACAUCGAUUUAAAUGUCAACCAUGUUACCCAGUCACAGGAGAAAGGUAAGGCCUUUUUGGAAUAUAUGAAGAGCAAAGUGACCCAGGUGACUGCAGACAGCAGGCGUGCAGAGCUGGAGGAGGAGCUGGCUGCUGUGUUGAAGGACACUCUGGGAGGCCUGGAGAAGCUCGACUGCUUCCUGGAUGCAGUGGAGAAGCUGGCGGUCACCUCACUUCAUGUGUUCAUGGAGAACCAGGUGUUACAUCUGCCCAAGGGGAUCGCCCUGGAACAUGUUCAGGUUGUCAUCGCUGCUGCGCGACUAAUCUGCCCCCUCCUCCUCGAGUUUAAAAGAGAUGCGCAAGUCUUCUUCCUUCCCAGACUUCAGAAUGUGGAAGUGGUGUCGUAUCAGUUGGACAGAUACAUACAGACCACCCAGAAAAUCUGCACGAAGUUAGAGAAAAGCUCCUUCAGUGACUUUUGCCUGAAGAUGACAACGGAAACUCUGGUUGACCUCGAUGUGGAUUUGCCUGAAGAUGACAUGCAGAGGAUGCUUUAUCACAUUAAUCAGCUUGAUGAAAUCAGGAUGAACCAACACUUCCGGACAGUGUACCUGUUUCAGGAGGAAUCAUGUGGCUUCAUCCGUGAGUUCAGCGAGCGACAGCCCAGGAUGCUUCAGUUUCUGAACGAGCUGGAGGAGAGUGCUGUUCAGCUUGACAGGAUGAAUAAGGGGGCAAAGAUCUCCAGUGUGGCAGGCAGCUCCGUGGGGGCAGUUGGAGGUGUGCUUUCCAUUAUUGGUUUGGCGUUAAUUCCUGUAACAGCAGGAGUGUCUCUAGCUCUGACCAUGACAGGAGUAGGGCUGGGCAUCACCAGCGGAGUCAACAGCGUUGUCACCACAGCCACAGAGGUUGGAGUAAACGUUACACAACAAAAGAAAGCCAGUGAAGUCUUGAAGCUCUUCAUGGAGGAUGUACAGAGUCUCCAGGAUUGUCUGGAGGAGGUGACCAAUAGAGAAACAAGUGAGAUAACUGUGGUUGUGGAAGUAAGUAAGGUGCUUUGUAAAGCUGGUGUCGUUGGAAAAAAUAUUGAUGCAUUAGUUGAUGUUGCCUCUGCUGCUAAGUUGUUGCAAAGUGAAGAGCUGAUUACAGGUGUUGGUAAGGUGGUGGCCCAGGAAGGUAAAGCAUUACGCAAUGUGCCCAGGGUGGCCUCAGACAUCCCAGAUAUUGGUCAGGCAGCAGUCAAAGGGCCUCUUGCUCUCUCCAAGUCAGCCAGGGCAAGUCUCAUUGCAGUCAAUGCUCUUUUCCUUGGCAUGGACAUCUUCUUCAUCUGUAAAGACAGCAUCAGUCUGGCCAAAGGCAGUGAGACUGAAGUCUCACGGUUCAUCAGAGCCAGAGCUGCGCUUUGGAGCUCAGAGAUAGACUCAUGGCAGAGGAUCCAUGACUCGCUGUGUCAGGGCCUGCUGGCAUCAGAGAAAAACGAAGCUAUCCUGGAGACGCCAUUUUAUCCGGAGCUGGACAUGAAGAAACAAAGAGAAGCAGAAAAGGAAGUUGCACUUGAUGAAGUGGAUGAAAAAGUGAAAGAAAAACAGCUUUGUGUUAUGCAGUAGUGCUCAGUGAACAGACUCUCGUACCUUUUGCAGAUUUCAAGACUGAUCGGAUGUCAGAUCCAUUUUAUGUGAAUGAACCAUAUUCAUCUCUGUUGAUAACUCACUGCAUCAAACAUCAUCAGAAUGUAUCUGUUAGCUGUUAGCUAAUUAGAUUCAGUUCUCCUGAUUUUAAGUUAAGUUAAUGAGUACAUUUGUGCAGCAUGUUUCAAAUCAUACUUUUUCUGAUAGGAACUGUAAGUCAAUAAUAAAAUUACUAUGUCAAUUCUA